GCCUGCCACGUUUCUUCAUACAGCCUGAGAUUGCUCCAUGGCGCUCGUAAAACUUCAGCUACACCUCUCUCUGCUGCACUUCCUCCCCUCGGACAUAGCCCCGCCAGGAAGUGUUGAGAAUGUGCUUGACUGCUUCAACUCUUGUCUGAAAAACCAGGAGUGUGUCUCCCUGAUUUACGACAGAUACAACAAACAGUGCUACGCCUACCCAGGGAGGCUUGAGGUUCCCUUCUGGGGAACUGACCUCAAUACCGACCUCGGCAUCUACAAUACCAACAGAGAUGGAUAUGGCUGUCCAAGUCAUCGUGGAUAUGAUUAUAAUUCCACGGUGAAUGUGUGUUUCAAAAUACACGGUAACGCUAAACUGAGCAACAUUAAAGCUGCCAGGAUCUGUAACUCCGAGGGUGGCCAUCUUAUCAGAAUCACGUCAAGUGCGAAGGAUGAAUUUGUGUCUGCCGUUUGGCCACAGAACCCCAUUCUCAUCGAUGGCAGGUGCACUGUGGACGGCGGCUGGAAGUACUCGACUGGAGAUAAUUUUACCUACUUCAGAUGGAACAUAAAUAAACCUAGCGCUAACUGUCCUACUUCGAGGGAGUGUCUGGAAACAGCUGUGUCUGGGUUCAACGACAUCGCCUGUUGGUAUGACCGCCCAUUCAUAUGCGAAUUCGAUAUAUAAGCCGCGCAACGCAAAAGAUAUAGAAUGUGUUUUUGGAUGGUAAAUAUCCUUUAUUAGGAAUAAACAUUGUAUUUAGAGAGACCUUUCGAGCUAAAUACAUUGAUAUAAACGCGGCUUUAAUCCCAACUCACUCACUCACUACUUGUUUGUAAUGCUUCAGGUUGAAGAUAAUAAAUGUUUUUUAAAGUGCACUGUGAAAUUUGUCUGUGGAUGUGUUUAAAGUGUUGCCGUGAUAGUAUACUCUACACCUUCAAAUGUAAAGGUGAAAGUUCUGUUUUAAUUCGUGUGCUAAAUAAUUUAUAAACAUAACUUCUUUGUAGACCCAUUCUGCAUUAAAUGCACAUUUCUAACGUUGAAAAUUGUAAUAUCGUCAUUACACAUACUUCAUUAGAUCAGUGAAUCAUGUUCACUUUUCGUAUUUUAUGUUGAUGAUGUCACUUACCUAAACAUACUGUCCACGCAUUCAAGAACUCUAACCUGAAUUUUGGCAACUGUUUGAGUUAACAGCAUAGGUAGGAUCAGCAAACUAUAUCCUGUCUUGAAUAGAAAUAUUUAGAGAAUAUUCAUCGUCUUUAUCAUAGGAUUAUGUGAGAUAUGGCUGCACAGAGCUGCAGGCUGCAGUGAUUUUGUAUCUGCAGCCCAUAAACUGUUCCAUAGUUUAUACGAUAAGUAAACGCAGAUGGAGUAAGAGGCAGCUGAACGGCAGCUGUGUCGGAUAAGGAGAGGGUCCGAGCACAGCUGUGUCUGGGUUCAACGCCAUCAACUGUGACAAUCAUACGCCAAUUCAAUAUAAAAAGCCGUGCACAGCUAACUUUUUGUAUUGUAUGUAAUUGUUAAUUAUCCAGAUCAGUCUGAUGAGUGUAUCCAUCACUACCCGUCAUCCGAUACCAAUAUAAUCACACAAGGAAAUUCAAGUGAUGAAUUAACUCACAAAACGAUGGGCCACAUCUGUCACUCCUUUAUCAAAAACAACUAAACUUUUGUGUGUGUACUGGCAUCAGCAGUGACGUUAAAUGUCAGUCGUUACAAUGAUAAACAGCACAUUAUUUGUAUAAUUUUGUAAAUAUAAGAGAGAAAACCCUUCCAAUAAUCAUAAGAAAGCGACGGGAAUGUAAAUAUUUACAGUAAACGUAAACAGUUUGUUAAGCAUCGAUCCACGCAGUUGGGAUCGAUGACAUGCAUCAGUCGCCUUUUACGGCAAGCAUGGGUUCCUGAAGACCUGUUCUGCCCGGACCUUCGUAUGUUGUUACAUUUUGAUUACUGUCCAAGGGAACAUUUCUGUUUUGGGGCAAACAUGCAUAAACAAAAGACUUUAUCCAUUAAAAUGUAUUUUCUAUUUCGUUGAAGGGACUGAUGUACUCGUCUUUAGCUUACCCUAAUUUUGAUGUCCGUUUUCCCAUGUUAGAGUUCCUUAUUUCGUGUAUUCAUAUUCUCUUUUGAUUCAAUAAAGUUUGAUAAACUGUU